GUCGUGGUCUCUCCGAAGGACCCUCCAGUGGACAUGGGUGGGGCCCUGGGGCCGGCCUUGCUUCUCACCUCAAUCCUGGGGGCCUGGGCAGGGCCAGGCCUGGGGCAGGGCCAGCAGGCUGUGACGGUGGCCGUGGUGUUUGGCAGCUCGGGGUCGCCCCAGGCCCAGUCCCGUGCCCACCUCACUCCCCAGAACUUCCUGGACCUGCCCCUGGAGAUCCAGCCCCUCACUGUGGGGGUCAACAACACCAACCCCAGCAGUCUCCUCACCCACAUCUGCGGCAUCCUGGGGGCUGCCCACGUCCACGGCGUCGUCUUUGAGGACAACGUGGGGACCGAGGCCGUGGCCCAGAUCCUCGACUUCAUCUCCUCUCAGACCCACGUGCCCAUUCUCAGCAUCAGCGGGGGCUCCGCCGUGGUCCUCACGCCCAAGGAGCCGGGCUCUGCCUUCCUGCAGCUGGGCGUGUCCCUGGAGCAGCAGCUGCAGGUGCUCUUCAAGGUGCUGGAGGAGUACGACUGGAGCGCCUUCGCCGUCAUCACCAGCCUGCACCCGGGCCACGCGCUCUUUCUCGAGGGCGUGCGCGCCGUCGCCGACGCGGGCCACCUGGGCUGGCGGCUGCUGGAGGUGCUGACCCUGGAGCUGGGCCCCGGCGAGCAGCGAGCGCGCACGCAGCGCCUGCUGCGCCAGAUCGACGCGCCCGUGCUGGUGGCCUACUGCUCGCACGACGAGGCCGAGGUCCUCUUCGCCGAGGCGGCGCGCGCCGGCCUGGUGGGGCCCGGGCACGUGUGGCUGGUGCCCAACCUGGCGCUGGGCAGCACCGACACGCCGCCCGCCGCCUUCCCCGUGGGCCUCAUCAGCGUCGUCACCGAGAGCUGGCGCCUGAGCCUGCGCCAGAAGGUCCGCGAUGGCGUGGCCAUCCUGGCCCUGGGCGCACACAGCUACCUGCGCCAGCACGGCGCGCUGCCUGUCGCGGCUGAGGACUGCCGCGGGCACCCGGGGCCCGUCAGCCCUGCCCGGGAGGCCUUCUACAGGCACCUGCUGAACGUCACCUGGGAGGGCCGGGACUUCUCCUUCAGCCCCGGUGGGUACCUGGUCCAGCCCACCAUGGUUGUGAUCGCGCUCAACCGGCACCGCCUCUGGGAGAUGGUGGGACGAUGGGAGCACGGUGUCCUGCACAUGAAGUAUCCCGUGUGGCCUCGCUACAGCGCCUCCCUGCAGCCCGUGGUGGACAGCCGGCACCUGACGGUGGCCACGCUGGAAGAGCGGCCCUUUGUCAUUGUGGAGAGUCCCGACCCCGGCACGGGAGGCUGCGUGCCCAACACUGUGCCCUGCCGCAGACAAAGCAACCACACCUUCAGCGGCGAUGCAGCCCCCUACACCAAACUCUGCUGUAAGGGCUUCUGCAUCGACAUCCUCAAGAAGCUGGCCCGGGUGGUCAAAUUCUCCUACGACCUGUACCUUGUGACCAAUGGCAAGCAUGGCAAGAGGGUGCGCGGCGUGUGGAACGGCAUGAUCGGGGAGGUGUACUACAAGCGGGCAGACAUGGCCAUCGGCUCCCUCACCAUCAACGAGGAGCGCUCGGAGAUCGUGGACUUCUCUGUGCCCUUCGUGGAGACAGGCAUCAGCGUCAUGGUGGCACGCAGCAAUGGCACCGUGUCCCCCUCGGCCUUUCUGGAACCCUACAGCCCCGCCGUGUGGGUGAUGAUGUUCGUCAUGUGCCUCACCGUGGUGGCCAUCACCGUCUUCAUGUUCGAGUACUUCAGCCCCGUCAGCUACAACCAGAACCUCACCAGUGGGAAGAAGUCCGGCGGCCCAUCCUUCACCAUCGGCAAGUCCGUGUGGCUGCUGUGGGCACUGGUCUUCAACAACUCCGUGCCCAUCGAGAACCCGCGGGGCACCACCAGCAAGAUCAUGGUGCUGGUCUGGGCCUUCUUCGCCGUCAUCUUCCUCGCUAGCUACACCGCUAACCUGGCGGCCUUCAUGAUCCAGGAGCAGUACAUCGAUACCGUGUCAGGCCUCAGUGACAAGAAGUUCCAACGUCCUCACGACCAGUACCCGCCCUUCCGCUUUGGCACGGUGCCCAAUGGCAGCACUGAGCGCAACAUUCGCAGCAACUACCGAGACAUGCACACCCACAUGGUCAAGUUCAACCAGCGCUCGGUGGAGGACGCGCUCACCAGCCUCAAGAUGGGGAAGCUGGAUGCCUUCAUCUAUGAUGCUGCUGUCCUCAACUACAUGGCGGGCAAAGACGAGGGCUGCAAGCUGGUCACCAUUGGCUCUGGCAAGGUCUUUGCCACCACUGGCUAUGGCAUCGCCAUGCAGAAGGACUCCCACUGGAAACGGCCCAUUGACCUGGCGCUCCUGCAAUUCCUGGGGGACGGGGAGACACAGAAGCUGGAGACGGUGUGGCUCUCCGGGAUCUGCCAGAACGAGAAGAACGAGGUGAUGAGCAGUAAGCUGGACAUCGACAACAUGGCCGGCGUCUUCUACAUGCUGCUUGUGGCCAUGGGGCUGGCCCUGCUGGUCUUCGCCUGGGAGCACUUGGUCUACUGGAAGCUGCGCCACUCGGUGCCCCACACGUCCCGGCUGGACUUCCUGCUGGCCUUCAGCAGGGGCAUCUACAGCUGCUUCAGCGGCGUGCAGAGCCUGGCGAGCCCCGUGCGGCCGCCCAGCCCGGACCUCACGGCCAGCUCGGCCCAGGCCAGCGUGCUCAAGAUGCUGCAGGCGGCGCGCGACAUGGUGACCACAGCGGGCGUGGGCAGCUCCCUGGACCGUGCCACGCGCACCCUCGAGCACUGGGCGGGCCGCCGCGCGCCCCCAACACCCGCCGCGCGCCCGCCCAGCCCCUGCGCACCCUGCGAGGCCAGCCCCAAGGCCUGGGGGCCGUCCGUCGGGGGCUGCUCAGGGCUGGUGCGCCGGACCCCUCAGACCCCGGGCCGCCCCUUGACGCCCGCGCCGCCGCCGCUGCCUGAUGACCCCCGCGCGCCCCGACGGCUGGCCUGGGACACCCGGGGGCCCGCGCGUUCUGCGCGCAGCGGCCGCUACCUCUCCGCCUCCGAGCGGCGCGCGCUGCCUGAGCGCCCCCGGUUCCCGGCGCGCUGUCCCCACAGCUCCUUCCCGCGAGCCGACCGCGUGGGGCGCCCCUUCCUGCCGCUCUUCCCGGAGCCCCCGGAGCCCGAGGACCUGCCGCUGCUCGGGCCGGAGCAGCUGGCCCGGCGGGAGGCCCUGCUGCGCGAGGCCUGGGCUCGCGGUUCGCGCCCGCGCCAUGCCUCCCUGCCCAGCUCCGUGGCCGCCGCCUUCGCUCGGUCCAGCUCGCUGCCGGCCACGUGUGCAGGGCCCACCUGCAGCGGGUGUCACGCCCGCCCGGCCUGGAGGCGCCCCGCAUCGUCCCUGCGUCUGCCGUCCUACCCAGAGGUCUGCCAGGGAAGCGUGCUGGCAGGGACCCCCACCUGGCCACACGGACAGCACGCCUGCCUCCACGCCCACGCCCACCUGCCCCUGUGCUGGGGCGCAGUCUGCACUCACCUCCCACCAUGUGCCAGCCACGGCCCCCCCUGGCUUCCUGGGGCCUGGGGGCCACACAGGCACGGGGGCAGGACCCUGGGGCUGAGCACAGGCUACAGGGACAGUGCGGGACUGGAUGAGGUCAGCAGGGUGGCCUGUGGAACACACAGCUUCCCUGGGCCUUGCACCUGGAGACGGUUCUCCAGCCUGGAGUCAGAAGUGUGA